CGCACCGUAUUCAAAAGAGCUGUCUACUGGCGAUACUGACGUGACAACGCCAACAAUGGGGGUGACGAUACGAGUCGAAUACUGUGGAAAUUGAGGGUACGAACCCCGCUAUCUGGAACUUGCCCGUGUUGUCAAGGGCGAGUUUCCUGAUGCGGAUGUUUCAGGCUUCGUGGGAAGAAGAGCUAGCUUUGAGAUCGUAAUCAACGGGCAGCUGGUCUUCUCCAAGAUUGAAACUGGUGGCUUCCCUUAUGAGGAUGAUAUCUUGGAUACAAUCCAGGCUGCCAGUGAGGGAAAACCUAUGCAGAAGAUUACCAAAAGCCGAGCACCAUGCGUCAUCAUGUAAAUCUCCCUCUAUCCUGCUUUAACAUCAGCAGUAUAGAGAUAGGCCAGUGCUACUGUAAAAUGCCAGUGUUGCCUCUGGUUUGGACAAACCCUUUGUCCGAAACAAACCAACAAACCAUGGUAACCUAACAGCUCGCUGCUUUCUCUGAUUCAUAUACCAAAUCUGCUCUGCCUUCUUACUCCUCUCUCUGUUCCCGUAGUGGGGCUCCAGGCUGUUAAUGAUAACUGUGGCUUAAACUGUUCAGGGUCAUGGUUUGAUGAAUCAAUUCCGGGAAAUCCCUAAAUUUUAUAGGAACAGAGACAAGGAGAAGAAGUUGCAGAAGAGAAUCAGAAAGUGCUGACUUUUCUUAUCUCCUCAAACUGCCUUUUUUGUUCUGCAAGACUAUUCAUGUCAUACAAUUAACAAUUUUCAGUGUAUGCAAAGACUGCACAAAGCAUUCACAUGUGGUUAGGCAUAAAGGGAGACUCUGCACCCCUCAAUGCAGUACAGUUUAUUGAUAUUAUCAAUCAACCAUUUACUGUAAAGGCUGAAGAUAUUAGUAACAUCACAUCUUUAAGCUAGACUCCUACUGUAACAUUGAACUUUUUUUUAAUUUUUUUUUUUUUUUUAAAUCUCCUGUUAUCAUAUUGGUCAACUACUAGAGUAAUUGUCAGCAGUGCAUCUGACGACCACUACCCACUGGUCUCUCUGCUCACACUAAUGAUGUCGGCUCUUUAUCAAAAAUCUUUAUUUGAAUCCAAAUGUUCCCACUGCAUUUUCAAACUGUUAACUUUAAAUAAAGGUACUGGUUAUGUAA